AUGGUAUUCAGCGUAAACGAGACCAUCAUUGAGUCAACCACCAAUGCCACCGAGAAGGCCGAAAAGGAAUCCCACAUUGAAACUGCACUCGGUAUCAUGGAAUGCUACUUCGAUAUCUCCAGCCCUGCUAGCUGCGAGAAGAACGUCCUGAAGCCAUUUGCUUAUUAUACAAGGUUGGGCGUAUACUACUCGCGCGAGUGGUACAAGAAGAUCUAUAACAAGUAUUUCGCGCAACUCAAGCAAUGGAAGACCAUGGCCACAUCAUUCGUGACAGAAUUCACCCACCACGAUCUCAGCUGCAAGAAGGGCUGCAAUUACUUCGCUUUUGCUAAGAAGGCAUUGAAGUCGUGGAAGAGUGUCCUCUCGGGCUCUUCCUCAUUGCUCGGUGGAUUUAACUUCUCCUCUGCCGGUCUUUCAUUCGCAUCGGGAGUUGUCGCUUCUACCAAGUUGAAUGUGACUGAGAUCAUCCAAAAGGAGCUCAACCAGCCCGACAACAUUAAAGAGGCUCUGCGCAGCGCUGCCGGCCUUGUGAAGGAUGCCUCUAUUAGUGGAUUCUACGCCUCUGCUAUCAACGUUGCCUGGUCAUUGGAAAAGGUCUUUGUUGCCAAGGCUUCCGACGAGAUCGAUGGCAAGAAGCCUGCCGACAUGGACCUUUCGAUUCUAGGUGACAAUGCUCGCACCUGCGAUAACAACGGAACCUGCUACUUCUUCAUUGUCGCUCAGAACAUCAGCAACAUCUCUGGCAACUGGACUGCGGCCAAGGGUCUUGAAAAGAUUCAGGAAUACAACAUUACCCUGCUUGAGCUUGCACAGUCUGCCACUUGGUUCCAGAAAACCUUUGAUGGCUACUCAGCGAGCCCUAACGCGACUAAUCUCCUGCGGUCUCUCCAGGCUAAUGACACCAAGCCAAACCUGAGCUACUUUGUCAAUCUGCCUGUUGUCGAUUUUGACAAUGUCAAGGCUACCAGCUCGAGCAAGUCAUCCUCGGAAAAGACUUUCUUGACUGACCUCACUAAGGAGAUCAGCUCGCUCAAGGGUUGGCCUUACGCCAAGUCGGCCAACUGA